AUGGCAACUGCGAGUAACAAUAAUAAUAGUAGCCGUUUAAAUCGUGGCUCAAAUUUUGAACGUCAAAAUAUUGUACGUGACGAACAAACAGGACAAUCUUUUAUCCCAGGAAGUCAACGACCAGAUGGAAGUUGGCGAAAACCAAUUCGUGUCAAAGAAAACUAUGUACCACAAGAUGAAAUGCCUGUUUAUCAAUCUGUUGGUCAACAAUAUGUAAAAUCGAAACGUUUGAAUCCAAUUCCGGGUCUUGUACUCACUGAAGAAGAGGCAUUAGAACAAGAAAAACAACGUCAGAAACAAAUUGAAAAAGAACAACAACAAAUGAGACAGAUAGAAUCAAAAAUGAAAGGAUUAACAACAACUAAACCAGAACUAAGUGAAACGGAUAAAAGAAUACAAAAAAUACAAAAAGUAUUAAAAUCGAUUGAAGGACUUGAGAAACAUUUGAAACAAGAUAAUGUUAAACCAGAUAAAAGUCAGCAAGAGAAGUUACAACGAAAACCAGAACUCGAACGAGAAUUACAAGAAUUAUUAGAUAAAAAAGACGACCAAUCUUAA